AUGUCCCAGACCGGUCCCGGCCACAGCAUCGGAUACAUUCCCAACCCACCCAUGGCCACCAGUACACGCUCAGCGCGCAGGGCAUCCGCUGUAGGAGCAUCUGGCCCAGACGACCGACAGAAGCUUAAUACACAGGAACGACUCAUCUUUGCUCAGGCAGUCUAUGAGCUCGGCGCAGACUCAUGGUCGCAGGUCGCGAAACUACUCUCUAAGCACCCAUUGGUAUCCAAACCAAAGGGGUUCUUUACUGCUCAAUCCUGUCAUGCGAUGUAUGUGCAUCUCAUGGGUGAAGCAGGCUUGGACUGCUCAGACGACAAAUCCAUCCAUGCACCCGCCAAUCUCAAGCUAGCUCAGCAUCACUACGUUGCCCGUCUGCAAGAACUCAAGCAACUUAUUGUUGCCGAGGAAACCAAAUUCAAGCGCAUUGUCUUCGAAAUCGACGAAAUUCGUGCAGGUCGUUGGGAUGCCAAGAAAGACGACUUGAAGGCAGCAGAUGCUGACUCCGCUAUCGUUGAGUCAUUGGUCUCUACGGAGGAAACAAACUCACAAGAAAAGCGGCUAGCCAUGGCCGAGGAGGAAGAGGAAGAGGAGCAGUCUGAAGCUGCUUCAUCUGGGGAACAGGGCAGCACAGGCGAAUCCUCGAAUGUGGAUCGUUCCUUACUAGGAGUCGAAGGUUCUGACCGGACCGCCCACGAUGGUUUUGAUCCUACUUCCUCCUCUCAGCUCACAGAUAUUCCCCAAGAGCUGGAAGAGACUGAUGCUGAGAGCAAUAACGACGAGGGGUCUAACCGCAACUCAGUCACUCCCAGGGGAGGAAGCCGUCUCCCUUCCCCUACUGAAGAGGAACAGUCUACUUCAGCUGCACAAUCCCCUGAGCAAGCCGACACGAAUGAUAAGGGAACGAUGACUCGCAGUGGCAAGCGACCAGCUGAAGAGGAACUUACGGAUAAGCCAGACAAGAAACGCCUCAAGGAGGAGGCACAAACUCCCGAAAUAGAAUCCCAAGGUUCCAGUGGCCGGAGACGCCGCACGGUAACUGCAAACGACAGUGUGCAAACGCCACCGGCGCCCAAUAAGCGAUUUCAGACGAUGAUAACCAUGCUUUACCAACAAAUUUCUCAGCAUCGCAACGGAAACAUCUUCCACAAUCCAAUCAAAAACUCGGACGCCCCAGACUACCAUGACCUUAUCAAGCGCCCAAUGGACCUGAAGACAAUCAAGGCCCGUAUCAAAGACGGGGCCAUUACCAACUCACCAGAAUUUCUGAGGGACAUAUACCUCAUGUUUGCAAACGCAAUCAUGUACAACCGGCCCGGAAGUGAUGUCUACCUGAUGACUCAGGAAAUGAUGGCCGAGAGCGAAGAUUAUAUCAAGGAGUUUAAGCAGACAGAAGGGCUGAUUCGUCGUACAUAA